UUGGCCAAACACGUGUUACACUGAGACAAUAGUGAGUGGUGCACCCUUCCUUCGCCCAGCCACAGAACAAAAAAAAGUCCCAUUUAAGCGUUGCUGGUGUAACAAUAGGAAGAAUAUAUUCCACUCAUCUCUUGUACAUGCGGCUAAUGAGAAGGAAGAACAAGGAGAGGAUAUUGCGUGUAAAAGUAAAGCCAACUAAUCACAGCUCUGCAGUCUUUGUCACCGUUGAUGUGAGGCGGGACUACUUUGGAGGUGCACGUCAAGACGUCCAGCAGAUGAACGCUCGUCAAGAAGAACAUCCCCUUCAGCAGCAUGGGGACUCCUCUUUAAAGCAGGAGGAUCCACGGCCCCCCCACAUUAAGGAGGAAGAGGAGGAUAUCUGGGUUAUUACGGAGGGAGAGUGUCUUCCAGGGCAGGAGGAGGCGGAUCUCACCAAGUUUCCACUGACUGUUGUCUCUGUGAAGACCGAAGACCGUGAAGACAAACCACCUGAGUCCUCACACCUUCAUCACAGUCCAAACGUCUGUGAAGAACAUCUUCUCCAUGAGCCACAGAAGUGGAGCUUCAAGAUGGUGAAGGAGGAACCACAGCCCUUCCACAUUAAGGAGGAAGAGGAGGAACACAUCAUCAGUGAAGAGGGAGAGCAUCUUCAAGGACUGGAGGAGUUCCCAGUGUUUGUUGUGAUUGUGAAGAGUGAAGAUGAUGAGGUCAAAAGUGAAAGUGAGGAGAGGAGAGAGGCGGAGCCUCCAAGCAGCAGCUCAACACAACACAUGACAACAGAAGCUGAUGGAGACCACUGUGGAGGAUCACAAGCAGACAAGAUCUUAGCUCCACUAUCAGAUAGUGAGGACACAACGUCACACUCUCCUGACACUGAUGAUGAAGACUCUAAAGAUGAUAAGACAUGUCACACUGACAACACACGCUUGACAUGUUCUCACUGUGGCAAAACCUUUAAAUACCGUUGGUAUCUGAAAUUACACAUGAGAACACACACUGGAGAAAAACCUUUUACCUGCUCAGAAUGUGGUAACAGUUUUGUAACAAAUCAAAGUUUAAAAGUACACAUGAGAACACACACUGGAGAAAAAACCUUAAUGUGCUCAAUUUGUAGUAAAAGAUUCACCCAGAAGGCACAUUUGAUAAAGCACACAAGAACACACACCGGUGAAAAACCUUUUUCCUGUUCACUCUGUGGUAAAGGUUUUAUACAAAGUCCGCAAUUGAAAAGACACAUGAGAACACACACUGGUGAAAAGCCUUAUAUAUGUUCAGUAUGUAGUAAAAGUUUUAUACAAAGGCAUCAUUUGAAAGCGCACAUGAGAACGCACUCUGGUGAAAAACCAUACUCCUGUUCAAACUGCAACAAAAGCUUUCGUCACCUAAAAACUCUUACAGUACACAUGAGAACACACACAGGAGAGAAAGUGUUGAGUUGCAGUGUGUGUGGUGAAAGAUUCUCUUAUAAGUACCAGUGUAAGAAACACAAGUGUGCUGGUGAGAACAGCAGCAGCAAAUGAAGAUGCAGGAUUUGAAAUAAAGUGUCAAAACUUUAACUUUGAAUUUCUAACAACAUCAGCACAUCUAACAUGUGUGACAUCAUUGUUGUCUGUGUAACACAAUCUUGUUAUUACGCUUCUAACAUUUAUAGAUGAGAUAUUUUAGAUUUGUGCAUUUAUUUCAGUCAAUAAAUGCAUUAACAUACAACAUUGUGUACUUUUAUUUAGAAGUAACAGAACACAAUGACUGAAAAUGUGAGAAUAAACAUACAAUAAACAUUUAAUGUGUAUAUAGAUAUUCUUAAUUCACUUUUAUACGUAUUCAUAAUGUUUUGUAUAAGUUUCUGAUAUAAUGAAGGGUUACAUAUUUUUAUUUCUAAUUGUAAAUGAUUCCAUAGAUGAACUCCUUUAUAUGAUGUACAUAUUUGUUUUACAUUUGUUCACACCUUUGCUUUUGAGUACUCAUAAAUCCCUCUUAGUUCAUAUUCACUGGUUCACAUCUGAAACAUUUUGUGGACCACUUCUGGAAGCAUAUUAUUAUUUACUUUAUACAUCAUUUGAGCAGUUGUCUUUUAUACAAGAUCAUUUACUUUUAAACUGUGUGACUUUAUCAAUCAUUUGUUGAGUCUCGAUAAAACAUUCUAUUAAUUAAUUACUUUAUUACUAUGAAUAUGGUUUUGUGAUUGUUUUAUAUGUAUGUCCCCAGACCUUUUA